UAGGUAAAAUGAACCCCGCUGCUUUGUCGGCAUUCACACGAUCUCUACUAUUCAAUCGAUGCUCAACAUCUUCAUUUUGUAAUUCAAUCACACGAAAUGCCGUCGCUUUCUUUGCCACUGCAGCUGCUACGCCAAAAAUCAAUGUAAAUGUGGGAACUAUUGGACACAUCGAUCACGGGAAAACAACUCUAACAUCAGCAAUCACAAGAGUUCAGGCUAAAAAAGGUUUUGCGAAGCAUAUUAAAUUUGACGAAAUCGAUAAGGGAAAAGAAGAAAAGAAACGUGGAAUUACAAUCAAUGUCGCUCAUAUCGGCUAUGAAAGUCCUCUGCGUCGAUAUUCCCACACUGAUUGCCCCGGUCACUCGGAUUUCAUCAAAAAUAUGAUUUGCGGAACUUCACAAAUGGACGUGGCUGUUCUUGUGAUUGCUGCAACCGACGGAGUCAUGGAGCAAACCAAAGAACAUUUGAUUCUAGCCAAGCAAGUUGGUGUUAAAAAUAUGGCGAUUUUCAUCAAUAAAGCGGAUUUGGUUGAAGAAGAUGAUCUGGAUUUGGUAGAAAUGGAAGCACGGGAAUUGUUGAGUCUGCAUGGCUUUAAUGGAGAUGCGACUCCAGUUAUUCGAGGUUCCGCUUUAAGUGCUCUAGAAGGACAAGAUAUUUCGUGUAUCGAGAGAUUGAUUGAUGCAUUGGAUUCACUUCCAGAGCCGGAUAGAAAUGAAAAGGAUACUUUUGUAAUGCCAAUUGCAUCGAAAACUGCUAUCACUGGGCGAGGAACAGUCAUCGUCGGUACACUGGAAAGAGGUGUCUUGAAAAAAGGCGAUAAAGUUGAAAUCAAAGGAGACGGGCAAACUCUUCAAACGACUGCUUCGGAUAUCCAAGUUUUUGGCAAAAGUGUGAAGGAAGUUCGUGCUGGAGAUCAUUGUGGAGUUCUGUGUAGAGGAGUUAAAGGGGAUACAGUGAAGAGAGGAAUGUGGGCAGGACAUCCAGGAGCAGUAACAAUUACGAAUCGAGUGAAAGUGGAACUUUAUCUUCUCUCGGAGGCUGAAAAUGGCAGGAAGAUCGGAAUUCGGACUGGUUUCACAGACAAAAUGUACUGCAGUACUUGGGAUCAAGUUGGUCGUUUCGAUAUGAGCAAUGAGCUUCUGAUGCCAGGAGAACAUACUUCUGCUACAGUACUCUUGAUGAAAGACAUGCCACUCAGAAAAGGAAUGCCGUUUACAUUGAGAGAAGGAAGCAGUAAAACAACGAUCGCUAGAGGAAUCAUCUCAGAUCUAGAGGAUCAUGUGGCUGUAGAGAAACAUAAUCUUAAAAAGUCCGCUGAAAAGAUGUAGUUCUUUAUAUAUUACAGUAUUGAUUUAUUUUAGGUUAGAUUUUAUUAGCUUGUUAACUACUAUAUCUUGUUUUGUUUUUGUUUUCUUUUGUCGAAAUCUUCGAAUAAUAUUUCACUACUUUUAUUGUUCAAAUAAUACCAUUCUCCUAUUAAUAG